AUGAGUCAAGCGGUCGAAGACAAGUUGCAGCAUACACACGAACUGGAUUCCAGUCAUGAUGGAACCGAAAGUGAUGGAGGGGGCGGGUCGAGUCUUGUGCAGCAGAAGCGUGAAGAGAUUGCCAACAGAGAAAGCAAACUGGUGUUCUGGCUCCGUUUCUUGUUGCUGUUCGUCGUGGUUGCAUCUGCUGUUGCUAUCGUGACAUUCGUUUAUCUCUUCCUGACUAAAGCCGAGGAGGAGGAAUUCACGGAAAAGUUUCACAGUGACUCAACAAAGGUUGUCGAGGCUCUCGGGAAGACGAUGGACCAAACUGUCGGAACGACUGAUGCCUUUAUCCGUCAGAUUGUUUCUUUUGCGAGGCAUGACGCUAACAGUAGCUGGCCAUUUGUUACGAAGCCUGACUUUGCCCUCAACGCUGGGAAAGUGCUGAAGCUUACCAAAUCGUUCACUUGUGCCAUCACCGUCUUCGUUGAACCAGAACAACAUGAUGACUGGCUUAAGUACUCGUUUGAACACAUGGAUUGGGUGGAAGAAGCCAAGCAGAUUCAAGAGAAGGACGAAGAGUGGCACAAGCCUACUGACUUCGAGAACACCAUCAACUACGGACUGUGGGGUUUUGAAGGUGCAGGGCGCACCAACGCGACAAAGCCGACGGAAUACAUGAAUAACUAUCUCCCCUAUUGGCAGCAGUAUCCUAUGGUUGCCGAUCAGAAGGACGGUAUCAGCGUGAUCAACCACGAUGUUUGGAGUGCACCUUCCACUGCAUCGUUUGUAAAGGAUGCAGUAGAUAACCAACGUGUCGUGAUUACCCCCCCUAACAACAUCUACGACGAUCAAGCGGAUGACUUGGCAAUUUAUAUUGCUGGAGUCAUUGUCAAUUGGGCGCGCGAAUACGUCAGUGACGAUGUAGAUGUGACUGAACCCAUUGGUGGCAUCUGGAUCCCAAUGUAUGAUUAUCUGGAUUCUUUCCGCUUGAAUAUUGCAAAGGACGAAAAACCAGUUGGACUAUACUACUCUGCAUUCUUUUGGAGAGAUAUGAUCAGUGAUAUUCUUCCUAUUGGAUCUGAGGGUCUUGUUGUUGUCUUUUCCGACACUUGUGGACCAUCUUUUACAUAUCAACUCGAUGGACCCGAGCCAAUCUAUCUUGGGGCAGGCGACCUGCACGAUUCCAGUUAUGACUACAUGGGUAUGACCCUUUCUUUGAAUGAUAUCAUGGAUGCUAGCCAGAAUCAAACUACAGAAGGAGGUCGAAAGAGAAGCAGCCAAUAUACGGGACUCCCCUUGUCCGAAACAUUCUGCCCCAGAAGCAUUCACAUCUACCCCUCCAAGACCAUGGAAGACAAUCAUGUUACAAGCAGUCCGUUGAUAUUUACGAUUGCUGCAGCAGCCAUUUUCGUUUUCACUUCUUCUGUUUUUUUACUAUAUGAUUGCGUUGUGUCCCGUCGACAAAGGAUUGUCAUGCAGCGUGCUUUGGCCUCUGGAGCAAUUGUGUCAUCACUUUUCCCAGAGAAGGUCAAGCAACAGCUCUACGAAGAACAGAAGCAAGAGCAGAAAAAGCAAGUUGUUCAAAAGGAGAACGCAUUUAGUGCCUUUGCCAAUGGUACAGCUGCUUCUACCCAAAGUUCCAAACCCAUUGCUGAACUCUUCCAUGAGACGACUGUUAUGUUUGCCGACUUGGCGGGUUUCACUUCUUGGAGUAGCGUCAGGGAGCCAGCUGAAGUUUUUGAAUUGUUGGAGACACUUUAUGGUAGCUUCGACAAGAUCGCUCUUCGACGCAGAGUGUUUAAGGUGGAAACGAUUGGUGAUUGUUAUCUAGCAGUGACAGGUAUUCCAGAGCCACAGGCCAACCACGCGGCCAUCAUGGUAAAGUUUGCUCAUGAAUGUAUGGUGAAGAUGGACCAACUGACCAUUGAACUUGCCGACAAACUUGGAGAAGAAACAAGGGACUUGAAAAUGCGAGUCGGAAUACAUUCUGGAUCAACAACAGCCGGAGUGCUCAGGGGGGAGAAGGGACGAUUCCAACUCUUUGGAGACACUGUGAAUACUGCUGCUCGAAUGGAAACAAAUGGUGUCAAGGGCAGGAUUCAUGUAUCACAGGCCACUGCAGAUGCUCUGAUUGCGUCUGGCAAAGGUAGUUGGUUGACUAAAAGAGAGGGUGGCAUUACAGCCAAAGGAAAAGGGGAAAUGCAAACUUACUUUGUUCAGCGGAUUGGAGGGACCAUCAAAUCUGGAAAUACAAGCGACACAGGAAUUAACACCAAUGAAAAAGCCUCAAGUGAUAACGACUCCCCAUUAGAUUCAGAAGGGAAUAAAAUGAUACCUACAGGAAAGUGA